AUGAUUAGGAAUUUAAUAAAUGGUCAAUUAUUUAAAACAUCGAUAGAAACUGUUAAAGUUAGAUAUUUUGUAGUUAAUAAUAAUAAUAAUAAUAAUAAUAAUAAUGGUGGUGGUGAACCAAUAAAGAAUACAAUAAUUGAAAAAUUAAGCAACCAAUUUAAACCAAUUCAUUUAGAUGUUGUGAAUGAAAGUUAUAUGCAUUCAGUACCUCGUGGAUCUGAAACUCAUUUCAAAGUUAUAAUAGUAUCUGAUAUAUUCAAUGGUAAAUCAGUUGUAGCUCAACAUAGAUUAAUUAAUGAUACCCUCAAAAAUGAAAUGAAAAAUGGUGUUCAUGCACUAUCAAUUCAUUGUUCAACACCUGAUAAAUGGGAUGAAUCCACCAUUUCACCUUCACCAGGUUGCAUGGGUGGAAGUAAAAAAGAAAAACAACAAAAACAACAAAAAGAUGAAAAAUAA